GCAUUUGAAUAUUACUUCAUUCUUUCUCCUUAUUCAUAAUCAUCUAUUUUUAUCUCUCUCAUUUCAGUCAUAUUUUCUUCUAAAAUUAUAUUGCUCUUGCAAUAUUUUUUUCGGAAAAUGGACAUUUGUUUUCGAAAGUAAUUCUGUAAAUCAUUAAUUCACAAUCAAUUAAUAUCCGUUUUGUCAAUUUCGGUGCACGACGUUUCUGUCUUUAUCUUCCUCACAGAAUCUCAGCACAUUUGGAUUUCGAGGGGUGCUCGAGUGGCGAACGGUGAUUCCCCCCUCCCUCGCUCCCCCCACCUUCAAUAACUCAUGACGUCAUACUGCCCUUUCAAAAUGGCGAUAGACUCGCUAGUUUGUUGGUACAGAGGUGUGGAAACAUAGUUAACCGGGACACAGAUCAUUCUACUUAUUUGUCUCAUGGCUGUAUUGUGUUUCAAUGAACGCGAUGUCGGAUCCGAGGAGGUUAACUUUUACUACGAUCGGUCCGAUGGGGAAGGAGAAGAAGAAGAAGUCUUCGCUGCCGCCCACCAUGCGCUUCACUCUGGCUCUGAGGGAAUCGAACGACAAAACAUGUCCAGAAUUUUCUUUUGCAGAUUUAAUGAAAAAUGCAUUGGGAGAUUGUAAAAAUACUGACCCAAAUGAUUUUGAUCUUGAAGAUCAGAAUGAAAAUGAAAGAUUGGUGGCUUUAGCAAAAUCCUUUGAAGAAAGAUAUGGACCCAAGCACAAUAAACCUCAAAGUAAACGGCUAGAUGCUAUCCAAGAUUUAGUUGAUCUUGGUGAAGGUUAUGAUGAAACCGAUCCCUUUGUGGAUAAUUCUGAAGCAUAUGAUGAGUUGGUGCCUGCCUGCCUCACUACUAAACUGGGUGGAUUCUACAUCAACUCAGGUGUUCUGGAUUUUAGAGAUGUAUCCGAUGAUUCUAGUGAUGAAUAUGUAAGUUCCCCUUUGAAAAAGAGGAAAAAGACGAAGAGAAUAAUAACUUCCGAUCCCGAAUCAGAUGGUGAGGUCAAGAAGAAAGUUCCAGAAAUAAAUAAAAUAAAAGAAGGAGCUAAUAAUGAAGUAAAGAAAAAAGUGUCUGGAGAAAAAGAAUUCAAGAAACCAAGGAAACCAACAAGUAAAGAAAUUUUGAGGAAAAAAUCUUCUUCUACUGUCAAAGAACUUCUGAAAAAUGCUGUUUCUACCUCAUCAUCUACCUCAAAUAAUGGGCAUAUAGAUGAAACAAACGGAAAUAUUUAUUCCCAAACUUCCCCAGUUGGAGUGCUGUCUCAAGAGAAAUCUUCAACUAAUAGUGGAGCUUAUGCAGGAUCACUACCAACUGUAACCAGUUCUACAGUUGCACGUCAAGAAGUUCUGGAGUUGGAGCCUGGGUCAACAGAAAAAUCAAAUAUUAACAAUUUCAAAGAAGAUUCAGAUAGUCGAGAUAACAAUGAUAAGUCAUUUGAUAACAAUGAAAGCAUUCCCAAAUUAACUGCUGGAAUUCCAGAUCAUAUGGAAAAAAUAAUUUACCAGCUCAAGCAAGCAGCUGCUGACUGUAUGGAAAGAAAGUCCAAAUUUUUCACAAGUGAAAUUAACAAGAUGCUAUUAGAGCUUGAAAUGGGAUCUCGUGUAUUGAACUGUUCUCAAAGAACAUCAGUUUAUGCUUAUUUAGCAGCCUUUCUGCCAUGCAGUAAAGAAACUCUUCUAAAACGUGUCAAAAAGCUAUUUAUUACUCAACAAGAUGACAAGCUUAAGUCUGUCCCAAAAUUGAAAGAAGCUUCGAAUGAAGAAGUACCUGAUCAGUUAGAGAAAUAUAAAAUUGAAUAUCAAGCAGAUAACAUUAAAAAUGUUGAUCUGAGCACUCCUGAGGAUGAGGAGAUGAAAGAAGAUUCUUCAGAUGGUGAAGAAGAAAAAUCUCUAGAGGAGAUGGAGAAAACUUCACUACAAAGAGAUUAUGAAUGGAAUGAAAAAAUGAGAAUUUUAUACAAAAAAAGUAAAGUAACCCAUGGUUCAACUUCACAAAUAAAACCAACCAAAGCUAUGUGUAACCUCAGAUCUCAGGAUAUAUCUGCUGCAACUCCUACCACAGGCUCACAUUCCAACAGUAGCCCAGCAUUACAAACUGAUAGUUUGAUUGCUUGCCAACAAAAUGCAAAAGCAGAUGUAACACCCAUUUUGACUACUCUAGCUAAUGAAAUGAUGGAUCAUUCACCUACAACUUCUGACAGAUCUGAAGAUAAAAGUCUGUGGAAUGUAUUAGAGUAUAUUGAGAGUGAUCACCCUUCUUCAUCUGAGGAGAACGUUUCUGAUUUGGUUCUGAAAUCUCAAGCGGUGUCUAGUUCCCUUCAUAAGACUUCACAAGAAGAGAACUUUGGGAAAGGAGAAAAAUUAAACCUAAAUGAAUCUAGUAAAACAGUUCAUGAAAUUUCUGGUAAUGUAACCUCAAGUUCAGUAUCGCCAUUAGUAAUCUCCAGUUCUUCACUUUCAUCUUCCCUUGUGAGUGUAACUUAUGGUUCACCAUUCUCUAAUCAGAAUACAUCUCCUCAGAUAAGUCCCACCAUACCUUCUGUGAAGGUUAAUUAUUCUCAACACAGUCCAACCACAUCUCUUUCCAUUAAAAAUCAUCAGCAUGGCACUUCAUCAUCACAAUCACAAGGACAUACUUCAAGCAACAAACAACCUGGCGGGGAACAACAGAAACUUCCUUCUCACAUAGGAAAUGUACACUCUAAAUCUAUUCAACAAUCUUCACCUCCUGGAGUUGUUACUAGUGAUUCUCAGAAUUAUCAUGGCUAUGUUGAUGCUAUGUCAGUAAUGGUUGAUUCCCAACUCCAGCAGCACAAUGGGCAAACUACAUCUAACAUAAACUCUAAAACUCAACAGGUUUCGUCCCUAAAUACUACAUAUCCUAAUGUCAAAUCUAAAGAUUCUUCCCAACCCAAUGUACAGAAUAAAUUGACUAUUAGUAUGGCAAGUAAGAUAUUAAAAGCAUCUGGCAUUAAAGGAAGUAGCAAAAAAGACGCGGCAGCACUAGCAGCAGGUAGCUCUGAGAAAUCUCAGAAUUCUGAUAGUAAAUCUUCAGCUCAGUUCUCCAAAGAUGAUAGCAAGAAUACAUACUUGGCUGAGUUUCAACGGUAUGCUGCCUCAUGUUUGGUUUCUAAGAGUGGUGCACCAACGCAAAAGGUGAAAACACAACCAAUUCCAUCUGCAGCUUCAAAAGCUGUUGAUGAGAGAUGUCAGGUGCAACAACAACAGCAGCAGCAGCAGCAACAUAGGACUACGAAUCAGUUACCCCAUUCUUUAACAUCAACUUCCUCUGUGCACCCUGCUGGCAAAAUCGAAACUGCAUCCACACAACAGCGUAACCUGCAUCAGACUCAUUCACAACAACAGCAGCAGCAGCAGCAGCAGUCCUCAUUGCAGCAUCAAAAACAGCAGCAGCAGCAACAUCAAAAACUUCAUCAGCAACAAAAUGUGGUGCAUGGGAUGUCACAAAGCAUAGGUCACUCUCAUUCAAAUAAAUCUCAUUUGAGCUCCCAUGCUUCAAAAUCUUGGCGACAGCAGCAGCAGCAGCAACAACAACAGCAACAGUCUUCCCAGCAACACCAUAAUCGCCAUCAACAGCAACAUCAGCAGAAAUCAUAUUCUUCACUUGUGUCAAGUAAACAAUUAACAUCUUCAUCUCAGGUUGUGAAUCCCACAAACUGUCAAAGUUCUCAGCAACAAAAUCACUCUAAAAUUCUUUCAUCUCCUCUGCAAUUUCAAACAACGCAGCAGCAACAACAACAAACGUCUAGAGCCAUUUCUCCACACACAAGUACAGCUUCUCUUGUCAAAGCAGAGUGUGCAAGCAAACACCAGUCUGCCCCCCAGUGUCAGUCAAGUUCAGUGAUCCCUACCCCUCGACAUUCCCAACCACGCCAAUCAUCUAAUGCUGCUACAAGUCCAAGUUCUUGUAGUAAAUCUGUUAGUAGUUCAUCAUCUUCACAAAGAACACACAUUCACUCUUUGUAUUCAGCGUCUGCUCAUUCAACUCAGUCUUCAUCACUAAAGCAGCAACUGCAGCAGCAGUCUAAAUCUCAAUGUCUCAUUUCUACGGAAAAGAUUUUAACAGCCUCAACAGCGACACACCCUACUUCGGCUUCUUCUCCAGGAUCUAUGUACAAACUCCCGACAACACCAAAUAUUAGUAGCUCCUCUUCUGGGACUGUCCCCACUCAAUCUUCUUCCUCUUCUACACUCACAGCUGCAUCAGUUUCACAGCAUCAACAGAACGUGGCUCGAUCCCAGCAGGGGCAGCAGAACUUGCAUCAUCAACGUACUGGGAUACUGCCUAUGCAUGUGAUGGGGACUCAAGCUAAGAGUAGUAGUAACAGUUGUAAUACAAGUAGUGGUACUACAACAUGUACUACCACCUCUGCCAAUGCUGUAUCAGUGUCCACAUCUCAGGGAAAGUCCUCUGCUUGUUCUUCGUGGAACCUUAGUGGAAGCAAUCCUCAAGUGUCUGCAUCUUCUGUAGCUGCUUCGACAGUAGCUUCUGCUUCAGCUUCUAGUAACAGAACUUCAAGUCCUGUUUUUAACUCUACAUCUUAUUUACAGCAGCAGCUCAGCAGUGGUUCACAUCCGCAACUGAAGCAGCAACAGGUACAGCAUGGAUCUGUGGCCAGCAAUCGGGUAUCUACUACAGCAAAUAUCACAAGGACUGUGUCUGGACUUAACCAGGAGAAUUUACAACCUCACUCAGGAAGUAUUCAUCCAGCUCAAUUUAAUCAAGACAGCAUCAGACACUCUAAAAGUGAGUGAAUCAAAAUGUCUUAUCAGAAAGAUAAUUACAAAUGAUUGUAGAGUUGCUUUCUCUGACCUUCUCCUCACAUCCCGAAGAAUACAAACAUGUAAACAAAAACUCAAUGAUUCAGAUAAAAGCCUUUAUAGGUUUUAACUGUCAUAUAAAUAUUUCUUUCCAUACAACUUUACAUUUUGUCUUAUAUGUUUUCUCUGUUAGUACUUAAAUGACUAUCAGAUCAGAUUAUUCAUCAGCAUAGUCACUGCCAUCACAUUGUUCAUUAUUUACAAUAUCACUGUUGCUGACUACCAUUACUGUUCACUUUCUAAAUCUUGUGUCAAGAUAAAUUUACACAUUUCCUCUUUUUAGUUUUUCUUCAUAUAGCAGAUUGUUCACCUUCCCCAUAUGUGCAACAAUAAGCUGGGAAUCAUCGAGUAGAUCUCUAACUUUAUUUCACUGUACCCACCAACACCUUGUGUCUUUUUUUCUCACGGUGCAGCAUUAAACAAAACUUUUCCUUGA